AGUUGGGAGGACACACACACACACACACACACACUUAUAUUGGGUGCACGCGCGCGCCUGGUCAGUCCUCACACAUCAGCCGUGCAAACACCACGUCUCCGUCCCUCGUCUGUGCCUUGAACCACCGCCACUACCAUGUCCACCACCACCACCACCAAGACCACCAAGACCCUCAGCGUGGUGAAGAGAGAGUCUUUCUUCGAUGACUCCUUCUUCACGGACCAGUGGGAGGACUUCGACAAGGCCGUUCAGUCCGUCCUUGACAAGUUUGACGACUCUGGGCUUAAGGUGGACGUGGGUUCUCGCUCCCACUGCCGCGAUGUUUACUCCAAGAUACGCAGCAGCAAGAUAGACGAGGACCUGUACGCCUCCCAGGCCCUUCAGAUCACCGAGAAGGAUGGCAAGUUCCAGGCUGUAAUGGACGUCAAGGACUUCUCCCCUAGUGAUCUGCAGGUGCGCGUGGUGGAAGACCGCGUCGUGGUGGAAGGAAAGUACAUUAAGAAAUCGGAGGACGGCUCAUCGAUGUCUUCAAAGUCUUUCUACAAGGAAUUCACAAUGCCCAACACAGCUGACAUCGACUCAGUGUCCACCGCGCUGUCCAAGGAUGGUGUGCUGACCGUGCGCGCGCCCAAGAGGGAGGGAGGCGCGGCCACGCCCUCCGGAGCCCUGUCCACUUCCGUGCAGCAGCAGAGCCAGUCUUCAGUGCAGCAGUCCUCCUCCUCCACCUCCUCCUCCUCCGUCCAGCAGACCUCCAGCAGUGUCAAGAAGGUGUCCAUGUCCUCUUCCUCAACCUUUUCCUCCACUUCCUCCUCCAACUUCUCAAACAUGGACUCCUUUGAUGAUAUGGCCAAGGACAUGCAGGACCGCCUCGUCUUCUCCCAUGACAACGUGAACCUCAAACUCCCUGGCACUCAGUAGAAGAUUCCCUAGAUCCCUAAAAAGUUCCCUAGAAAUAUCCCUGAAUUUUUCCCCAGACGUCUCCCCCUUUUAAGACAAAUUAUGCUUGUUUUAAUACAUACCUAAGUGUAUAUCAUUAUGUAUAGACAUGCGAUACUUAUGUAGGAUUUGUGUUUGUACGUUAUGCACACACACACACACACACACACUAUUAAUUCUUACGUACACGACUUCUUAUAGUUAAAACACACCUCCUCCACCUCCUCUUCCACAUGUCAUCACCACUUUCUCCACCCUCACCUCACCACCACCAUCACCACCACCACACCUACCACCACCACCACCACCUCCUAUACACUCGGAUCCUUCAAAAGACACUAAUCCUUUCAUAGAGAUUUGAAUUCCCUUUAAAGACAAUCCGAUCCCUUUAAAGAGUGUUGAAUCCCUUAUGACUGAAUUUAAUGGUUUUGAAGGGGAUUUCAGGCCUUAGAGGUUAUUGAGAGAAAGGAGGGCUUGCUCAUCUUAUCUACCUAUACUUUUUAGAAUAUAGUAGUGGUGUUCAGGUAUACAGGUGCCCUCUGCCUGUAUAUUGUUGCUACCUGGACUCCAUCACCUGUAUACCUGUUUAAUUAAUUGUCUGUUUUUUGUCCCUGUUAAACUGCCUGCUUUUUAAUUAUCCUGAUGAAAAAAUUGGCUUAUCUAUUUAAUGGUCUUAUGAAAUUAAUGACAAACUAUUGUUCAAAUCAAUUAUUCGUUAAAGGUUAUCAUUAUCAAAUUUACCUGUUACUAUUAUAAAUUCAAUAUGUUUAACUAUUACAAAUUCAAGUAUCUGUUUAACCACUGCUAUUAUAAAUUCAAAUAUGUUUAACUACUACUAUUACAAGUUCAAAUAUCUGUUUAACUACUGCUAUUAUAAAUUCAAAUAUCUGUUUAACUACUACUAUUACAAAUUCACAUAUGUUUAACCAUUAUCACUGUUACAAAAUUGCCUUGUUUAAUUAUUACCAUUACAAAAUAGACGGUUACCUAUUACUACUACACAACUGCCUCCUCGACUACCCAUUACUGUUACAAUCACCAACUGAACUAAUAGAAUCAAAAUAACCUUUACAACAAUUACCUUUACCAAAUCAAUUAUCUGUUUAACUAUUACCAUUAAAACUACCUGUAAUUAUCAAUUCUUUCACUAGAACCUGUACAAGUAUUUUUUAAAUAUUCCUAUAAAUAAAGUGCCCUGAAGUGCCUUAAAGUACCCUAAAGUACCCUAAACUCUCCCUAAAGUACCCUAAAGUACCCUAAACUCUCCCUAAAGUACCCUAAAGUACCCUAAACUCUCCCUAAAGUACCCUGAAGGACCCAAACUCAACCUAAAGUACCUUAAAGGACCUAAACUCUCCCUAAAGUACCCUAAAGGACCUAAACUCUCCCUAAAAUACCCUAAAGGACCUAAAACUCUCCCUAAAGUACCCUAAAGUGCCUAAAGUCUCCCACGAAUGUCCCUUACAGCGCCGCGUGUCCCUAAUGUGUCGUAAAAUACCACCACAGUGCCCUAAAGUCCCCUAAAUUACCUACACUGCCCUAGAGUACCCUGAAAUGCUCUUAAGUACCUUAAAUAUCUUUAAAUGCCCUAAGUACUCAGUAAUACCUUCAAUUGCCCUAAAAUAUCCGGUAAACUACCCCUAAAUUACCCUAAACUACACUAAAUUACCCUAAACUACCCUAAAUUAUCCUAAACUACCCUGAAGACUCCCGCUCGCUCAGCCACGAUGCAACGACUCUUGUAAUUAAAACACGAUAAAAGAUUAAAUCCAUGAAAGAA